AGAGUCAAAUUGAAACAUUUUUGAUCAUCAUUGCUACUAAUAAUCUAUAUUCCAACUAUUUCCUAUUUUUGUAAUCCGUAUUUAGUAAUUCUGUGUGAUUCAGUGUGUUGAUCGUUUUCCAGGCCGUGUGAGUAUCUUUUGAUUGUGAGUGUUUAACGUUCUCAUUUUCUGUGUACUUAAAUUUUUAUAAACGCUUUACUACUAGUCAUUUGUGUUAAAAACAAUUUUAAUUUUUCUAAAAAUUAGAUACCUACAGUCUACACUAUAUAUCGAAGUUUUUGUUGAUUAAAGAAAAAUGUCCGGUAUUGCCUUAACUCGAUUAUCGGAAGAACGUAAAGGAUGGAGAAAAGAUCAUCCAUUUGGUUUUGUUGCUAAGCCAGGCAAGAAUCCAGAUGGUUCUUUGAACCUCAUGGUUUGGGAAUGCUUCAUACCAGGAAGAAAGAGUACUCCUUGGGAAAAUGGAAUGUAUUUUUUACGCAUGAUCUUCAAAGAUGAUUACCCAUCCAGUCCACCUAAAUGUAAAUUUGAGCCUCCAUUAUUCCACCCUAAUGUGUACCCUUCUGGUACUGUGUGCUUAUCAUUAUUGGAUGAAGAAAAAGAUUGGCGUCCAGCUAUUACUAUUAAGCAGAUAUUGUUGGGAAUACAAGAUCUUUUGAAUGAACCCAACAUCAAAGAUCCUGCUCAAGCAGAAGCAUACACUAUUUAUUGCCAAAAUCGUGUAGAAUAUGACAAACGUGUCCGAGCACAAGCUAAAGCAAUGUCCAGACCUGAAUAAGUAUAAUUGGCAGAAAGAGAAGAAGAUGAAUUUGAAUUUAUUUCUUUACCCUAUUUAAAUAGUAACAAUUUUCAUUAAGUUUUCACUUCUGUUAAUCAGUAAGAAAUAUUGAUGUGUAUCAAACUCAACAUUAAAGAUCCAGUUGCCAGUUGUCU